GGUCCUAAGAAUUGCACUUAUUUCACAUGUUUUGGAAAAUAAGUUUGUGGUCAUAGCAUUAAUUCCUGAUAGCACCGGCCCAUGCAAAGACUUCUACAUUCCAGCAAUUUGAUCUGUUUGUGUGUAAAAGCCAUGAAAAAGGAAUUACAGAUAACUUCCUUAAAAUUACUACCAGGCAAUCAUUCGCAUUCUUUUUUGUGUCGCUCUUUUUCUAGCCCAGUUUUCUCGCCUCUUAUGAAAUGUUUCGCCACAAAAAUCAUCGUGUCUCACCGGGGAAGUGUUGUGAAGCCGUCCCCGCCUCUGUGGGUGCGACCAAAGGCAGAGCAGCAGGCCGGCGCUGGAAAAUGUUGAGGUGUGUGGCGCCGCGCUUUUAGGCUUGCAGGCAGUCGGGCAAGCAAUGUUUUGGACGGAGCCAAGCCGGUUUUACUUUUGUGACGUCAUGCCCCGCCUUGUAUUCUUCCUCCAAGGCUGGGGCUUUCCCUCAACUUCCCUAGGCCAUCAGCAGUCAGCAGGUGACUCGGUGACUGGCCGGCCGCCGCCUCGCCGCCCCCACCUGCAGGUGUAGCCAAGGCUGUCCAGGUGGAGGGCGUCCGCUCAGUAUCGCGACUCGCUCACCACUUCAUGUAAUAAGACAUUUUGAAAAUCAAGCAAAUAUGCCACCUAUCAAGCCAUUUCCAAGUUUACAGUCAACUGUAUUAGAAAUCUUGGCCAGUCAUCUUAGGAGACAAUGUUUUAGUGAUUCAUGCUCAUUAGUGGAUAUGAAGCUUAUUGCUGACCACAUAAACAUUUACUUAUACAAGCAAGCUAAAAUAGAUAUAUGUCAAGUGAUCUUAAAGGAUAGAGUUAAGGUACGUUGGUCUUUUUGCAAUAUAUAACUAUGUUUAUCAAUUCAUUACUCUCUGUUUACUUAACACGGUAGCAGCGGGGAUCAUGCUUCUUAAUGGCCCCUCUAAGCGAGAAAAAUGAGAAAAAAUCACCCCUCACACAAACCAUUUCAUAAUAUAUAUCAAAGCAUUUGUGAUCAGAUUAUGUAUGUAUCAUCUAUUUUGGGGGGUUAAAAUCAUGGCACAAAUUUGGCCCAUCGCUGCUUCACGAUAAAGCCACAAAUUUGGCCCGCCGCUGCUACUGGGUUAACUGUGCUACAUCUCAGUAUGAUAAUAAUAGAUUUAUUUAUUAAAUUAUAAAGUAGUAAGGUAGUAAGAGGAAUGUUCGAUGGCUCUGACCAUCUUACAGUGCUGGCAAAAUUAAGGCUGAAGGAAAAGUGGGUGUUUGAAAAGAAAUGAAGUAAAAAAGGAAAUAUUGGAGAGAAAAGUUACAGGAAAAAGAAAUAAAAGAUGAGAAUAAACGUGAAAUGGCAGAGGCCUUAAGUGAAAAAUGGGAAAGUGUAAAAGAUAGUACAGAUAUUGAAAAAGGUUUUGGAACAUUUAAAGAAGUAAUGUUAACUACAACAAAAAAAGUGUUAGGGAUGAAAGUGGGAGAGAUGGAAAAAGAAAAGGAAAUUCAUGGUGGACAGAAGAGAUAUGGAGGAUAGUAAAAGAGAAAAGGGAACUUUUUAAGAAAACUCAAGAAAGAAAAGUGGCUGAGCAAGUAAAAAGGGAAAGGAAAAAGAAAUAUAGAGAAUGCAAAAUGAAGUUAAAACAAGCAAUAAAAGAAAGUAAGAAGAGUUGAUGAAGACUUUGAAAGAAAAACUAAGUGAAAAAUAUAAAGGGAACAGAAAAUCAUAUUGGAAAGAAGUAAAGAACAAAAGAAAUGCAGAAAAUAUCUCCCCAAGUAAAAUAAAUGAAGUUACGGAUGAGAAUAGAAAGAUGUUAAAAGACGGGGAAGCUGUGAAAGAUAGAUGAAGAGAAUAUUUCAAAACAACGAAUUUUGAGGAUGGACGUCCAGCAGCUGUAACAGCAGCAGUUUUGAGUGAAGGUAGAGGAGGAGUAUAUAAAGAAGGAAGUAUAACAUAUGAAGAAGUAAAUCGGGCAAUAAAAAGAUUAAAAAAUGGAAAGGCAGCAGGAAUUGAUGGAAUCACAGCAGAAAUGUUGAAGUGUGGAGGAGAUGUAGUUACUAAAUGGAUGGUCAAGAUAUGUGGAGGGGGGGGGGGUGCCAGCAGACUGGAUAAAACCCAUCAUUGUCCCAGUUUACAAGGGGAAGGGCAGGAGAGGGGAAUGUGGGAGCUAUAGAUGUAUAAGUCUCCUGAGUAUACCCGGAAAGGUAUAUGGAAAAGUCAUAAUAGAGAGGGUGCAAAGACUUACAGAAGAGAAAAUCAGUGAAGAACAAGGAGGUUUCAGGAAGGGAAGGGGAUGUGUGGAUCAGAUAUUUGCCUUCAGGAUGGUAGUAGAAAAAAUAUUAGCAAAAGGAAAGAAACUAUUCGCUGCCUUCAUGGAUUUAGAAAUAGCUUAUGACAGAGUUGAUUGGAUGGCAUUGUGGGUUGUUUUAAAGAUUUAUGGUGUGGGAGGAAAACUGCUUAAUGCAAUAAAGUCUUUCUAUGAGGAUGCAUCUGCAUGUGUCAAAAUUAGUGGAGGAACAAGUGAACAUUUUGAGAUAAAAGUGGGCUUGAUCCAGAGGUGUGUCAAGUCACCAUGGUUGUUCAAUAUUUAUAUGGAUGGUGUUAUGAGAGAAAUGAAGGGCAAAGUUGGGGAAGUUGGAGUAAAAAUGUACGGUGAGGGAAGGAAGUGGGUGCUGAAUUCAAUCUUAUUUGCCGAUGACACAGUGCUCAUUGCAGAAAAUGAAAGUGACUUAAAAAUUUGAUCAUUGUUUUUGAUAGUGUAUGUAAAAGGAGAAAGCUGAAAGUAAAUGUCAACAAAAGUAGUGAUGGUUUGUGAGUGGAGUAGAAGUGAGGUUGUGGAUAUUGUAUGUCCAUAUAGAGUGGGAAUUGAAUGUGAAAAAGAAAGUAAAAUAAUUUUGAAUGGUGAAGAAAUGGAGGAGGUUAAUGAGUUCAAGUACCUUGAAUCAGUUAUGUGUAAGCAUGGUGGUAUGGAGCGAGAGGCAAGAGAAAGGGCAUUGCAAAGAAGAAGGGUGGUAGGGUCUUUGGGACAUAUCAUGAAUGGCAGAAGUGUGAGCAUGGAAGUAAAGAGGGAUUUGAGAAAUACAAUAAUAGUCCAAUCCUCACAUAUGCAAGUGAAACGUGGGCCUGGAAUGAAAGUCAGAGGUCUAGAGUGCAGGCAGUGGAAAUGAGUUAUUUGAGGAGUGCUUGUGGUGUGAGUAGAAUGGAUGGAAUGAGUAAUGAAAGUGUGUACGAGCGUUUUGGAAUGUGUCACGGGGGUGAAGGGAAGAUGUGUGGAGUGGUGGAAGAAGUGAAGCAACAGAUUUUAAAGUGGUUUGGCCACAUGGAGCAAAUGGAGGAGAGUAAGAUGACCAGGAGGGUGUAUGUGAGUGAGAUAGAGGGAGGGAAUGUUAUAUUACGACCUCCAGUGAAAUGGAGAGAUAGGGUGCAGGAGUAUGUCAGGGAGGGGUGAGAGAUCCUUGAGAAACUUUGAGCAGGCAAGGAGGGAGUGUCUGGAUAGAGAAAGAUGGAAACUCUUUUGCCGUGGCCAUCCCCUGGUGGGAGCUCCUAGGAGCAGGCGUCAAUGAAAUGCUGAUGAUGAUGAAAAUCAUAUGUAAGUUAUCAAAUAUAGUGUUACUAAUCAUAUCAUUCAUAUUUUUUAGAUGCAGAGUAAUCUGUCUGUCUGUGUGUACCUGAAUGAGAAGUGCCUGCUGUUAUGCAGUGAGCUGCAUUCCCCACUCCUGUGGCUCUCCAGUUGCCUGUGUGCGGCACCAGUUAUUAGGAUGCUGAACAGCAAAAGAGUGAAGACCCUCAAGAUAAAGAAGUGUCCCUGUAGGGAUGUUGUAAAUCAGAGAGAGACCAUGUUUGUUUUUGCAGACCUAUUCUGCUUUCUAAAAACAUGUGAAAAUUUGACAACAUUUCACUGUUAUGGUAUGUAUUGUAACUACACACUGGAAAUUUUAGCCAAGUCCUGCCCUCACUUACAAAACUUUGGUAUUUAUUCAAAUCCAAGUGUUCCUGAUGUAGUAGAUCUGUUUUACCUUGCAGGCCACUUUCCAGAUCAUGAAACAUUUACAAAGAUCAAACAAGAAGAAAAAAUACCUUCAAAGUCUGUCUGUACCAAGCUAAAGAAAGUCAGUUUAUGUCAUACUAAGGUUUCUGCUGAGGGUGCUUUAAUUCUUUUAUAUAUUUUUCCUUCUAUUGAAGAAUUUGAAAUCAUUAGCAACUCUGAUGUUAGUAUUGAAACUGUAUUUGAAAUGUUAUAUGGAACUGAUGUGGAAAGACACUCAGAAAUAACAAGAAGGUACUCUCUGAAGGUGUUCCCUUGCAUGAGCACUAGUGUAGCCAUUAAAAAGGAGACAUUAUCAUCAGUUACCAAAACCUGCCCCCAUCUGGAAGAUAUUUCCUUGGUGUGCACUGGAGAAAAGAAAGAGGACACUUACUUGCUUGCCCAUCUUUUAAACUUAAAGCUUGUAACUCUGAAAGUAGUCAACUGUAACAUACAUGCUUUACUGCAGUACCUGAGGCAGAAAGGUGAUGAUCUGCUGAACUUGACAAUCAAUCAAUUUUCAGGAAAUCCACUUCAUCUUCAAUUCACAAGGAGUGACCUACAAAAUAUUAUCUAUAUGUGUCCUAAGCUGGAGAAACUUACCUUAAAACUCCUUACUACUAUAAUACGUGAUGUGUGUUACUCCUGUUCUGAUCCUGAUUUAUUAUACUUCACAAUGUUAACACAUCUAAGUCUUGAAAAGGUAGAAAUCACACCUGAAGACCUGGCAGUGUUAGUUAGCAAGUGUAAAAACCUAAGGGAACUGCGGAUUAUCAGUCCAAUUCCUGUUGCGAUGGAUGACCGACGCCUGUGUGAUCUGUUAGACUCUAGUAACCUGCAAAACUUACAAAUUCUCUAUCUUGAGAAACCAGAUAUAACAAUGGUGGGCCUUCAGAGAUUAUUAAAUGAGUGUCCUCGUCUGCAUGCUGUGGGGCCACUUUCCUCAUGGUUCCUUGAGUUCAAGGAAUAUCAGAAUUUCAUCAAACAGAUUGAAGACAAUUGCUGGGAAUUAGAACUCAGAAAUCAGAAAUUGUUUUGUGAGAGUCCACUGUGCUGGUAAGAUGAACUAUUUUUUCUACAACAUUCCCUUUUCUCCUGAAAGAGUAAAUCUCUAAGUUCCAUGUAGUCAAUUCUCUAUGGAGUCAGACAAGGAGUGGAUAAUUACCUGUCUGAAAUUAAUUGUAGAUAAGAAAUGGCAAAAAAUACCGGUAGAUCCAAUUUCUUUGUUGAUUUCCUCAAUUCUUUCUCAGAGGUUUCCUCACAUGCUAGAAAAGGCAAUUUGAUAUAAAGCAAGUUAUUACUGACAUGUAAAAUGUUUACAUGAUGUAAUUUCAAAUACUGAAAAACUGACUUUUAGUUUUGGCAUCUUGAAGAAUAAGGAGGGGAGAGGUGCAGCCCCCUAAGCUUUAUGGCUGCUUGGCUUUGAUAGUGUUGAAAAACUCCUAUUCAUUUCCAUUUGUAUUAUGUCACCAGUCAUUGUUGCUAGAUCUACAGGAAUUCCUUGAGAUAUGAUGGAAGUUCAGUUCAUCAACAAUAAUCAAGAUUUUUCAUCUAAAUCUACAGGAAUUAAUUUUAUGCUCAAGAAAAUUCAUAGAACUUUACUAACAGAUCAAAAUAUUUUUUUUUUUUAUAUUCAUAAUCACUACACCCACCCCCACACUUCCACACUCACAAAUGAUGUGGUGGAGGAUACAAAGUUAUAGAAGCCUGUUUGCAGAUGAUGCAAAGAUAAUGAGGAAAGUAGCGGAAAAUUGCAAACUGCUGUGCAAGGUAUCGGAAAUUAAUCUGCAAAGAAAUGUAAAUUAUUGGAAAAGGGCAAAAGUACUGGGAGGCUGUCACUGAUCCAGGAUAAUUUUUUAACAGAAAACACAUAUAUAAGAUUGUUGGAAAGGCCUUUAGACUGCUGACAAACAUAUAGGAGUUGCAUUUCUCUACAUGGAUGAAGAGAUGAAGAAAUUGAUAGACUUUGGGUCUCAAAUAGCUAGCACAAUGCUAACUAAACCCUACUUUUUUUUACCUACGUAUGUCACAAUGUCAUGCCACCAUACUGGAAUUUAGAAUUCCAGUUGACCGUACAUUGCCAACUUAAGAGUAAUUUUUCUGAUAUUAUUUCUGACAGUUACUCAAAAUUGCUAAAUAGGAGGUUGGAAUUACCCAGCCCAAUCUUCAACUUCUGUUUACAGCUUGAAGUGGUAGGUAUAUGUGGAAACAGGAAUACUGCAUGUCUCGGAUCUAAAAAAGCAGUGUAACUCCUGCUUUUACAGGAGACAGUACUGCUUUACAACAAGAAGCUGCUGGGACAAUAGAAUGAACCACUGGAGUACUUGAAGACACUAGACAAACAGCAUUAUAGAGUCAGCCUUGCAUAUAGAACACCAAAUCAGUAACCUCCUCCUCUUACUUGGCAGCUUAGUGUUUCCACGGUGCAAGUCUCAGGUCUGUGACUGAAACCGAUUAUUUUGUUAACAGACCCAGGCUAUAUGAUCAUGGUCUUGAUAUUAUUUGAUCAUUUUUAUGUAAUGAAGGCAUUAUGGUUAUAUUAUAAUAAUUUAUUUGUUCCUUCUGUGACCACAAAAGGAGUACAAAAAAUACAAAACAACAAAUUUGAAAAAAAUUUAAAUUCUUCUUAGCUUACUAUUGCAAAAGAGCUGCAGUAUUAAACUGUUUGACCAGUAAAUCACACCUCACUACUCAUCUACCCACAAUUAACUCUUAAUACCAAUUCUGCAUACAGCUAUACACCAUCCUUGAGGCCCUCUGUAUUACUGUAGCUCUUGGGAAAACUGUGUACCUGUUUGUUGGCAGUCAGUGUGCCUUGUAUGCACUCAUGUCUUCCUCUGACUGUGAUAUAGUCUAAGUGCCUCAGUGCCCUUAGCCUGCUAGAGCACAAUGGUGGUAUUGCACACUUCAUCUGGGUGCCCUCACAUGUUGGGUUGCCUCAUAAUGAAAAGGCAGACAGACCUGCUUGUCUUGCCUCUGAUGACCUCACUGUACACCCAGGUGUUGAGUACACCAAUAAUUAUAUUAAGAGUAGACUUGAAUCUCUUAUUAGUGAACCUGUCACCUCUCGGCUUGCCUUGCAAUGUCAGGAUGGCAGUGCCUCCGGGCCAGCAUUCACUGUGCCCAAGUAUCGAGUCUCUGCACCCACACUUAUGGUAGACGCAGUGCAUCCUAUAAUCUUGUGGCGAUGCGUCUGAGGCUGGGCUAUAAGUAUUACUGAGAGGUGAGUGGGGCUGCCCCUGUACCUUGCAGCUUGUGUGCCAGGCCAAAGGGUCAUAUGCUCCAUCAUUAUGUCCUGCAUUGUCCCUCUAUUAGUGCCUACUGCCUGAGCUGGUUCAUUAACAAUAAUGUUCUUUUAUGUAUUUUAAGAGUAUAUAUCCUGCAUUUUGUAGUUCUGGGUGCAGUCCCUUGUUGUCUGCCCCCUUGAUCUCAUCGUAGCUUCUAUUUAUUUUUAAUAUAACUUGUACCCUACCAUUAUA